GUCAACGCACCUGGGUGUUCUUCCUUGGCGCCGGCGCCGGCGUCUCCCCCCCCCCUCCGUAUUCAUCCAUCAGCGCAGUUACUCAGCAUCUCUAGCCAACCAGGUCAUCUUCUCUCCUUCCCCGGCAGUUAUCUCUCCACCACACCUUUACUUGGUCGUCAUUGGAAGAGAACAAGAGAGAAGGGAGCAAGAAAAAGAAAUCUGUAAAUCGAAAAAGAAAUCUGUGGUCGGAACAACCCUUCCUAGCCUCCACCGCUGCGACUGCGAACCUCCCCUUCAUUUUUCCGGCGACUGGUGUUACCCAAUCUGGGAAGAGGAGAGUCGAUGCAAUUGAGGGGAAAAAGAGAGGAUGUUGGCUUCUAUUCUUACCCUUCAGAUGGUUGUACCUCCCACGUUUGACUUGUUGCUGAGAAGAGUACCGGGAGGUACAUUGCAUUUUGAGCCCUUGGAUCUAACAAAACGGACGGACCAGAUCAUAUGUACCGGACGGUACCGGAAGGUACGAUGGACGGUAAAAAAUCUCUAAAUUUAAACCUAUAUAUUUGCGUAUGACAUAUAUUACACAUAGACCAUAUUAUCAAUUUUCUUCAAAAAUUAGUGAACAUCAGGGGCAAAAGUACUUUUCCAGGCUUCCAGCUAAAGCUUUGUCAAUGCCAGUUGGUGCUUAGCAGAGCGCAUAAAUUUCUCGAUUCUGUGAUGUACCGCGCCGGCGUGCUUGACGAUUCAUCGAUGUCCUUGUACCGUGCCUUCGGGAUGAUUGAAUUCACCAAUGUCUCGCUCAACGUGUUACGUGUGGUUUGUAUAAACGCAGGAGUAGUAUCCCUUUAAAGCAGCUUCUACUUCUCAGCCGAUGCGACUCCUUCCCUUAAGCUUGUGAGUUGUGAUAGCCAUGGAACCCGACGCCGACGAGUUGGUGUUCGACAGCUCAUACCUCCGCAUCUACAAGAACGGCAAGGUAGACCGCCUCCACCGGCCCCCUCUCCUCGCCGCGGGCGUCGACGAUGCCACCGGCGUCGUCUCCAAGGACGUCGUCCUCGACGCCGGGACAGGACUGUUCGUGCGCGUCUUCCUGCCCAAGGUGCAAGACCAAGAACUCGGCAAAAAGCUUCCUGUCCUCGUGUACUUCCACGGCGGCGGCUUCAUCAUUGAGUCCGCGGACUCAGCCACGUACCACAACUACCUCAACUCCGCCGCCGCCGCCGCCGGCGUCCUUGUGGUGUCCGUCGACUACCGCUUAGCCCCGGAGAACCCGCUCCCUGCAGGAUAUGAUGAUUCUUGGGCGGCGCUCCAGUGGGCGGUGUCCGCCCAUGCGGACGACUGGAUCACCGAGCACGGCGACACGGCGCGCGUCUUCGUCGCCGGCGACAGCGCCGGCGGCAACAUCGUGCACGACGUGCUCCUGAGGGCAUCCUCGAACAAAGGACCGAGGAUAGAGGGCGCGAUCAUGCUCCACCCGUUCUUCGGCGGGAGCACGGCCAUCGACGGCGAGUCCGACGAGGCGGUCUACAUAGCCUCGAAGGUGUGGCCGUUCGCGUGCCCGGGCGCAGUGAACGGCGUGGACGACCCGAGGAUGAACCCGACGGCGCCUGGCGCGCCGGCGCUGGAGAAGCUCGGGUGCGAGCGGCUGCUCGUGUGCACGGCGCAGGAGGACUGGCUGGUGGCGAGGGGCCGCGCGUACUACGGCGCCGUGGCCGCGAGCGCGUGGCGCGGGAGCGCGGCGUGGCACGAGACGGAGGGAGAGGGGCACGUCUUCUUCCUUCGCGAUCCGGGGUGCGACAAGGCCAAGCAGCUCAUGGACCGCGUCGUGGCGUUCAUAGCCAGCGCAUGAACUUCUCUUCUUCAUCUGUAUAUGCUUGCGGACUUGCAGCUGUAUCUUGCUUGCCUGAGAUUAAUAAAUCAAUAAAAUGUUAUAUAUUGUGGCAGUGGAAAACAUGAUCAUUAGUCCA